CAGGCGCGUUCAAAACACAGCUUGCCCUCAAGCCUCCCUGAUUUUUUUAUUUUUUUUGCUUCCUGCCUUUUUUUUGUUGCUUUGUUUUGCGCUUCUUUACGCCAAGUUCACCCAGUUGUUGGAAGUACUUCGCGCUUUCACGUCUUUCAUUGUACUCGCUCUUUUUUUUGUAUGUAUAUAAUGCGGCUGUUUGCCGUGUAUUCCCCCCAAAACGCGCUUUUUUCGGGCUCGUAUUCUCUAAAAGUACCCUGCUGCUUGCUCGUUUCUUGCUUUCGGUGAAUAUGGACUAAUUGAAAUAACCGUAUAAAUGCACCUGCCGUCAGAGGGAUAUCCCGCGUUUGAAAUCGAAGAGGUGUGUGGGCCGUGGGUGCAGCCUGUCCUGUGGCAAUGAAGAACCCAGGAGCUGUGGGGAGCAGCCGGUUGGUCAGUCUGCUGGAGGCCGCUCUGGUCCGGGAGGCUCGCCUCUGGAAGGUCCCCGUCUUCAAGAAUGGACUCAUCCAGGGUGCCGACAUCUCUUCGUCCCAACACCAAGAAAUUAUCCUUUGGCUCGGAGAGAUGAACCGGCUGUUCCAGUUCUGUCCCGAGACCUUUGCACUGGGAGUCUGUGUCCUCAACCGACUGCUGUCCACUGUCAAGGCCCAACCAAAAUAUCUGAAAUGCAUAGCUUUUACCUCCUUGGUCCUGGCUGCCAAAAUCAACGAGGAAGAUGAGGUAAUAGGUUCUGUUCAGGACCUGGUUGUGCAGAGCGGAUGCAACUUUUCAACAGCGGAGAUUCUUCGCAUGGAGAGGAUCAUUCUAGACAAACUGAACUGGGACUUGUACAUCGCAACGCCAGUCGACUUCAUUCACAUAUUCCACGCCCUGCUCGUCUCCGGCCACCCUCACCUCAUUCCGUCCAUCGGGCUCGGCUCCGGCGUCGGCUGGGACUCGGCAACAGACCCCGGUGUGCUUCCCGCCGGGCCGGAGCAUCAGAAGAGGCCUGCGGGCUUCCAGGCGGCGUUGUGGACCAGGCAGGUGCAGCACUGUAUGGCCUGCCACCAGCUUUGGCAGUUCAAGGGUUCCACGUUGGCCUUGGCCAUCAUCACUUUGGAGCUGGAGGCGCUGACGCCCGACUGGUUCUCCGUCUUCACCGACCUGCUGAAGAAAGCACAGGUUGAUAGUGGCGAUUUCAUCCACUGCAAAGAGAUGGUGGACGAGUACCUUCAGAGCCUCGAGUUCUCCCUGCCGUCCAACGCCGUUUACAUCUUCGACAGCGCCCAGAUCCCGGAGGAGGAGGAGCGAGCCUGGAGCCCCACGCAGCGCCACAGGAGGGGGCAGAGCGGCGCGCAGCAGGGGGAGUCUGAUGAGUAUUACGACGGUUUUAGGUGUUUGUAUGACGAGGACAAGACUCCGGGGCCUCAGGGAAAUGACGUUGAGGGUUUGUUCGAUUCCCAGCCGACGAACGCGUCGCCCUGCCCGCCGCUGCACCCCGCUGUCAACUAGUCGGACAUUUUUUCACACCGUCGUCCUCCUUAACAGUGAGAAUGAAAGUCCAGUAUACUGUAGAUCAGCACAUUUUAGGACCUCAACUGUAAGUUUCACAAUGAAAAUCCAGAUGUUGUUUUCCUGCCAUAACAUUUACGACUGAUUUUAAAAGAAGAUGUUGGCGUCUCUUCAGUGCACUUGUCCACACACACACAAACAUGAAUCUGGAGGUGUGUAUUGGUCAGUGUUCAAGCAGCUGGGCAGUUGAAGAAAAAUUGUGGGAAAUCAUUGAGCCUGACUAAAUGUUUCUCUUUAGAGUUAUUGGCCCAUUUGAGUUAUUAUUAUUAUUAUUAUGCCAUAUUUGUCCUUUUAAUAGCCACCUCUUGUUGGAGGUUGAAAAAUAAGUGAGGCAGUUGUUUUUUUUAAAUUAUAUAUAAAUAUAUUUUUUUAAGUGUGUUUGAAGCCAAGAGUGUCUCUUUUAUUAUGUUUGAGUUGAUCCUGUUUGUUGGAAGGCAUCAUGGUGCUCGGGUUCCCGCCCAGAGCCACAUAGCACUUUGAGAUAAAGAUAAGCUUCUUCUUUUUUCUGCAAAUAUUUUUUCUCAAGCUUUUUUUAUUAGUAUUUUAAUCUCCAACUGACUUGUACUAAUUUCUGUACUUUUUUUUUUUUUAAAUUUAUUUAGCAGUUAUUUACAAAAGCUAAGUUUUUACAAAAAAAUGCUUUAAUUUCCUGACUAAUGCUGCAAACUUUUAUUUCAUUAAUACUUCAGUCUGUGUUUUGGUUUCUGCAACUACGGUUUAGAUAUUAAAGAAAACAAGAGCACCUUUGGGAGAUUAGUUCAACAGUAGAUUGAAAUGACAAAAAAAAAUGUUUUGAAAUCAUGAUUACCUGAUAAAUGAGCCUGCAUUGAUCUCAUUUACAUUUUUUAAAUUUUAUUUUUCACACACUGCAUAAGAGCACCGAUAAUCAUACUCCAAAUAUUGACUGUUUUUUUUAAAGUAUUAGGAUAGAAGUAUCCAAUUUUUAUUUUGUAAAUACUACCUAGUUCUGUUUCAUGAUAUGUAAACUGAAACGGUGACAAAAUCUUCGGUUUUCAAUUUCAACUGUAUUUAAUACUGGCUGGAACAUGACAUGCUGUGUCCAGAGGCGUCGCCUCCACUGCCAAACAUGUGAAGCCUCUAGACUGAACUGCAUACUGUGUUUAUGGGGAAGGCAGCAAUGUGAACUGGUGGCUCGUCUUCUCAACUAUAACAAGUCUGCUUUGAUUCAUCACCUGUGACCAAUGUAAAGGUUUUUAUUUAAUUUUUUUCCAGACUCCUUCAUUUACUGAGGCAGCUAUAUCUUAUUCUCUGGUGAACCACAGAAAUAAAGCUAUGGCUUAAGAGUC